UCGCAUGUAUUAAUAAUAUCUGUGUCAUGUAUUUUGACGUGACACCGAUAUUAGCUCAGAGAAAAUUAGUUCUCUGAUUAAUUGCCUGGCCGCGCAAACGAAAGAUAAAUAAAACGCUCUUGUGUAUUCGUCGCUCGUUGUGUAUUGCGUCACACAAAUGUCUUAAUAUUCACAAUAUAAAAAUAAAACUUCGCUAAUUGCUUGACAAAUUCAUGUAUCACAUUUCUCGCGAAUGUGUGUAUUGAUUCGGCCUUGAGACUGAUUGAAAAUUGUUCAACCGAAUUAUUAGGAUGAGCGUGCGAAUGUAAAUACUUGUAUGGCAAAACGGUUAAGAUCUUUUACGAUCUCUGUUUGCGGUGUAUCUCCAGGCGCCGCGUCGCGAUUUCGCGGCGGCACAGACUUGACAAAAAAACUUUCCGCAUAAUUACCCCCCCUCUCUCACAUUAGAGCGAGAAGUCGGCCUCUUGGUGCAAUAGGUGCGCUUUGUUUGUUCUCGUGAUCUCUCCAAGAUCAAGAGAAAUCGAAACCGAUAUUCAUUGUUCCGAGAGAGGAGCAAUGUGGAAUCGCGUUCAUUGCCGUUCAUUGAAUCGCGUAGCGAACAGUAGCGACGCAGCGACUACCGUGGUGGUUGUGGCUCUAACGCGGUCGGAAGAAAUUCUCUUUUCAAAUUUCGAGAAACAACAGUCGAAUUUUUGACGAGCAAGCACAAUUUGUUUUUUUUUUUUUAAACGAAGCCGGAUCACUUAAGGUCGACUUGCGUAAUCGAAAAAACGAUUCUGCGUGAACGAUUGCGCGAGAGGACACAGUCGACCGCGUCUGAAUGAACAUGAAUUAGUGACAGGAAUUUCUGACGCAGUAAUAACAGAGCACGUUUAUCACGUAUAAUACAUUUAUAUGCUUUUUUUUUUUUCACAAUUUCCACCUUUGCCCCGGUUAUUUCGCUUGUUAACAUCCAGAACAUCUUUUCGCGAAGAAGACCGAGGAAGACCGAGCUCUGUCGUGAGUACAUAGACUACUUGAGCGACGACAUGUCGACGACUGCCCCGGAAUUGACGGUCAGACGACCGGUCUACCAGCAAGACGAGCUUAAUCAUUUGUGCAAAUACGUAAAACCCAAGAGAACUUUUAGGGGUGAGGUGUCGAGACGAUGUAAAAAAAUCAAACCAAUCGCUCUCUUGAAGAAAACAAUACCGCUGACCGACUGGCUGUUUUCGUACGACUGGAAAAACAACGUUUUGGGAGACAUUGUUGCCGGAAUUACCGUGGCUGUGAUGCAUAUUCCGCAAGGUAUGGCGUAUGCAAUUUUGGGCAACGUUCCGCCGAUUGUUGGUAUGUACAUGGCUUUCUUUCCGGUUUUGGUGUACUUUUUUUUCGGCACAUCCAGACACAAUUCUAUGGGUACGUUUGCUCUCAUCUGCAUGAUGACCGGAAAAGUCGUCACCACAUACAGUUCCGUUACGGUUCCGACAAAUAUCACGUCAGUUCAGAACGGCACCCUAGCAUCCAAUGUGAGUAACCAGUACUCGGCGGUGGAGGUCGCAACGGCGGUUACGUUUACGGUUGCCGUUAUACAGUUAGGAAUGUACGUGCUGCGUUUGGGCAUAAUCUCGUCUCUCCUCGCGGACAGCCUCGUGAGUGGAUUCACGACUGCAGCGGCGAUGCACGUGUUUACAUCGCAAAUAAGGGACCUCUUCGGGCUGAGCGACCUGCCGCGACGCAGGGGCGCAUUCAAGCUUAUUCUCACUUACGUCGACAUCUUCGACAGUCUGAACGACAUCAAUACAACUGCUAUAAUAUUAUCUUGCGUUACCAUCAUAGUACUUAUGUUCAACAAUGAAAUUCUCAAGCCAAGAGUUUCAAAGUUGUGUGCCUUUCCAAUUCCGAUAGAGAUGCUCGCGGUGAUAAUCGGUACUGUAGUUUCGAUGCAAAUGAAUCUCGCGGAUACGUACAACGUGAUAACGGUUGGCCACAUACCGGUGGGAUUGCCAGUUCCGUCGGUACCGCCAUUAUCCCUUAUACCUCACAUUUUAGUAGACAGUGUCGUAAUUACUAUGGUCGCUUACACAAUAUCAAUGUCCAUGGCGCUGAUCUUCGCGCAAAAAGUGGGCUAUGAGAUCGACUCCAAUCAAGAAUUAAUGGCACAGGGUUUGGGAAAUCUUGUAGGUUCCUUCUUCUCCUGUAUGCCCAUCACGGCUUCGUUAUCCAGAUCGUUGAUUCAACAAACCGUAGGCGGACACACGCAGCUGGCUAGCUUGGUAUCGUGCGGAAUUUUGGUCAGCGUAUUACUGUGGAUCGGUCCGUUCUUUCAACCCCUGCCACGAUGUGUCCUGGCGAGUAUAAUCGUGGUGGCGUUGAAAGGGAUGCUGAUGAAGGUCACCGAGUUUACGAAGUUCUGGAGAUUGGACAAAACGGACGGCGGCAUUUGGGCCGUAACCUUCGUCAUUGUAGUUCUUUUUGACGUCGAGUACGGAUUAUUGGUCGGCAUGCUUCUCUGCAUCGGACGGCUGCUUGUUCUCGCAAUGCGACCUUACACUUGCAAACUGGCUCAAGCACCCGGCACCGAGCUUUAUCUGGAUGCCAAGAGAUACAAAGGAACCGUGGAAGUCCCUGGCAUCAAAAUCGUCCAUUAUUCCGGCAGUCUGAAUUUUGCGUCCCGACAAUAUUUCCGCGAGGAAGUUUAUAAGAUAGCGGAGUUGGUGCCGCAAAAAGAACUGAACAGGCUAAAGAAUGCGGAACCCAACGACGUUGCGCCGGGAGAAAUUAAAAAGCUGCACAUUCUUAUACUGGACUUCACCGCAUUGUCGCAUGUCGACUUAGCGGGCGCGAAUGCACUGCGAAGUAUUGUGAACGAAUACUGCAGUAUAGAGGUGUCCGUUUAUAUUGCAGGUUGUUCCGGUCCCGUGUACGAGAGAAUGAGAAAGUGCAACCUGAUCGAACAGAACGACAAUCAUUUCUUCGCCAUGUUUCCGACGGUCGCCGACGCGGUACAUUUCGCGCGUUCGCAGACCGAAAUGCUCACAACAACUUCAUGGAGCACUCGAAUCUGCGACGAGAAUGUCAUCAGUAGUCUUUAACACGUUUACGCAACUCCAAUAUCACGAGAUAACGUUCAUAUGCGAUAAUGUAUUGAAAACAAAGCGGAUCAUCAUACACUCCACUUAUUUUAUUUUCAUAUUAUAUGGUCUUUUGGAAUUAAUGUAAUUUUGCAAACACAUUGCUUCGUAUCUCUUUUGUCGAUCGUUAGAAUACUAUUCUCCAAUUAAUUUUUUAAUCAUUUUUACUAGUAUUCGAUGUAUUGUAUUUUUAAGAGCUUUCUUUCUCUAUUAUCACACAAAUAUUUAUACGCCUUCGCCAAUAUUUAUUUAUACUUCGCACCGCUUUUUUAUUUAUAGAAGACAUUCAUCAAUAAUGAUAGUCUGCUAACCGAGCGGUAUAUUAUGUUUAUUAUAAAUUUUCAUUUAUUUUAUAACUAAGUUUUAUUGUUAAUGACGAUCUCGAAUUUUGUAUUGUCACAACAAGAUCGCCUUAGAUGUUGGUUUUUUUUUUUUAAAUAAACGGAGAUGUCACAUAUCUUCUUUUGUGGGCAAUAAAAAAAAAAGUUGAACAUA